GGAAAGAAAUGAGAUUGAAUAAGAGAACCGCGUUUCAAACACUCCUGCUUUAUAUCUUUCUAGCGUUAUAUUUUAAAUCUUGGAAAAGAGAAAAACAGCGAGGAAGUCAGGAUGAAGUCUUGCUGAAAAGUUACUCACUGACCAAUUGUGGACGGUUCACGAAUGAAAGUGGUGUUGUUUGCAGGCCCUUCAAAAUUCCUCUGUGGACUCCAACUUUCUUACCAUACAAGAACCUCGUCAGAUCACCUCAUCCUUUGAUUUGUCGACAAAAGGUGAUGAACUGGAUCCAAGUUGAACCUGAAAGAAUCAUAAUAACGAAUGAUUUGAAGACUUGCUCUUACUUUCAUUGCAAUUUUACAGAAAUUUUGCGUUUCAUGGAAUAUUAUCAUGUUAAGCUGCAGGUGACGGUUUCAACUGACAAUUAUUACCCACGGUUUUCAGACACCAUAGAAGUCGCUUGUGCUUGUCAUCACACGAAGUUCAACGAAACUUAUCUGGUUCCCAAAGUGAACCCAGUUUCUGAAUCCUGCAGAAAAGUUCCCAGUGAUGAAAGAGGAUAUAGCUUCAAUAUUUUGUACCUAGUGUACGAUGGGAUUUCGAGAAACUUUUUCGUCAGAAAUCUCCCGAAAACCUGGCAAUUCAUGAAGAGCAAAAUGAGAGGAAUUGAGUUCCAUGGUCACAGUGCACUCGGUCUGAACAGUGCCCCAAAUCAGAUCCCUCUGUGGACUGGAUAUGAUUUUUUCGAAUGGCUCUCAUCUGGUCCAGCUCCGAACAACUUCGUGGAAGAAUUACCUCCGAUUCUGCUCGCAAGUGCAGCCGAAAAGAAUUAUGUCACCAUGUUUUAUGAAGACCUGCAAGCAAAUUCGAUGAAAGUGGAAGAAUACUCUAAUGCUGGCUUGCCCAGUGCUUCCGGGGAAACAUCUGUCGAAAUGGGGGUGUGCGUGGGAACAGUUGCGGCGUCGCUGCUUUUCCGCGUGACGCCUUCCUCCGUGGGGUUUCAGGCGAGGGAGAAUAUAAGAACCCUGAGGUCAGGUUGA